AUGGCGGAAACCAUGCCCUACCGUCCGACGGUGAAUGCGCCCUUUGCUGAGAGGCCUUCUUCCUUGGGGUCAAAUGGAGGAUCGAAGUCUUCAACCUUCUCACAGCCCUCCCACCACAAAGUCUCUUCUCAGAGUUCACUGGUUCCUCCCUCACCCAGAGAAUCACAAAGGACGUCUCAGCGGACUUCUGGCCGCGAGUAUGUCAGGCCUGCUAAGCGGCUUAAGUCGCAGUAUCCCCUAGACUCCCCCGAACCCCAUGUCGAGUACAUCCUAGUCGCAUCCUUUGACAUAGAUCGUGGACCGAUCAUGGAACACCAGUUUCCUGGAGCCAUAAGCCCAGACGAAAACAUGCUGGCGGAGUUGAUGCUGCCAGACCAGACACACAUGCGCCAGCAAGACUGGACAAUGUUCUUUCUGCACAAAGAUGCUGGCGUCAGUGAAGAAGAACUGGCCGAGAGAGAGGCGACCAGGAGACGGCGCGAGAGCCGGAGAGCCGCGAGAGCAGCUGCCCGCACGAGUGGACAGGUUGUCCAAGACCAAAGUGAGGACGACGACGAUAGUGACGAUGACAGCAUCAGCGAGACACCACCGUUGAUGUAUGUGCUCAAUCUAGUCAACACCAAGCAGGAUGCGACAGUCAAGAGAGGUGCGGUUGUAAAGGCAAUGGCCAUAUGUACAAGGCACUCAUUCUUGCACAUAUAUAAGCCCUUGCUUCUACUGGCUCUCGAAGACUACAUGAAAUCGCCCAACCUGGACACUCUGGAAUUGCUGUACAACGCACUCAACUCCAUGGACGCGUCCCUCAUGCCCAGGUUGUCGAAAGCUGAGCGCCAUAUUUUGCAAUCUACGGACUCCAAGGAGAUGUUUGUAGAAAAAUUUGAGCAGAUGGUUAUUCAGCGGCAGGAGGAAGACGCCUCCGAGAACCACUUGCCCGAAUCGCCCACAAGAUCAAACGGUUACUCGGUGCCACGGGACACCCACGAACUCGAGACUAAGAUCACCUUCCAUGGAGUGCCCAUACCUGUUAAGAUCCCGACGGCUCUGUCACCAGAGACAGUAGGGGACUUCUCUCUGAUCAAAUUGGUCCAGACUUUUGGCACACCACAUCAGACUCAGCCACAGCCCUUUGCUCUGCAUCCCCAUCUCACAUCUUCAGGGGCGUAUACACAUCCAAUACUGGUCCUCAUCAAUGCCAUGCUGACGCAAAAGCGAGUAAUCUUCCUCGGACACAACAUGCCUUCUGGAGAUGUGGCCGAAGCUGUACUCGCAGCCUGCGCGUUGGCUUCUGGAGGAGUCCUGUCGGGAUUCACACGCCAUGCCUUCCCAUACACUGAUCUGACAAAGAUCGAUGAAUUGCUGAAGGUCCCCGGCUUCAUCGCAGGAGUGACCAACCCAGCCUUCUCAUAUCAUCCGGAGUGGUGGGAUCUUCUCUGCGAUCUGCCAACCGGGCGAAUGAAGAUCUCAUCGAGCAUUGAGGCUGCCCCGGUCACCGAGGGAUCGACCUUUUUCCAUCACACCACUGCUACAUUGAACUUGGGUAAAGAUGCCGCAGCUGAUCCGACGGGGGAUACUCUAUUCAUGGAAGAGAUCAAUCGAGCGAUCGUGCAAAGACACGGUGAACCCAUCUUGCGUGCACGUUUCCGCGCAUACAUCACUAAGUUCACACGGGUUGCUGCAGCGUUUGAAGAAGUCGUCUACGGCGCCAGCGCCCUCAAUGUUGUACCUGCAGAGGAGAACGAGAAAUCCAGAUCUUCCGCCUCGCGACCAGGCUCUUCGCGGACGACAAGCAAGAGCUUUCGCGGUCAUGGCUACGUUUGGCCCAGCGAAGAAGCCAAGACUCGCGAAUUAGCAGCAUCAGCAGCAAGAAUAGAAGGCUGGCGUAAUACGCGGUCAUAUUACUCCUUCAUCUCCGACCUCGCCAAUCAUCUCAAGAUAUCAAGUUCACCGACAACAGAUGUCAGCCUCGACAAAGCCUUCACAGCUCCACCGUCAAGACCGUAUCUUGACAUCUAUCACUCCCUGUCAAAGCUGAGAGUCCUCAGACUGACAGCAAAAGAAGCUGGAGCCAUCUACCUUGCUCUUGAAGCCCACUGCACGGAUUAUGCGAGCAUUCUCGAACUGCUGGAGCUGACACCUAUGUCGGAAGCAGGUCUGUUCUACGUAGCACUUGGAUUGUGGCAUGAAGACGUGCGGGUACGUGAAGCUGUAGCGGUACUAUUGGAGAGGGUGCGAAGUCACCCAGCAGGCAAGGUAUUUUACAAGAGAUUAGGUGGGUGGACUUUAUCAGGCCACUCGCGGGCAUUGAAAGAGAUGGAGAGGAGAGCGGAGGCGGCAAGCCAGGACUCCAUGGAUGUGUUGGGGCCGCUGAAUGGCGAGGCCGUCAGGAUGAGCUGA